AUGGCCGGUGUACUUUUAAAAGCGAAUAAUUUAGAGGAUUUUCGGAAUUAUUUCCGCAAACGUUUAAGUCGAAACCAAGUAAGUCGAAGUAAUACGAAUGGAGCCGAAAUCUCCACAAAUCCGCGAAACAAAUCACCAAGACAGAAUGGAGAACAGUCUCAAUGUGAUAGACUAGGAAUCUUAACUGAUAAGCCAAAAUACAAACAAUAUGGGACUCUUGAAUCUCGAAUUGGAUCAUUUGUAAAUUGGCCUGAGAAUAAAACACAGGCUAAAAACGAACUAGCGGCAGCUGGUUUCGCUUAUACGGGCGUCGAUGACUCUGUAAGGUGUUUUUAUUGCGGUAUUGGUCUAAAAGACUGGCCAGAACGUGCUUGUCCCUGGGAACAACAUGUUCUGGCGAGUCCCGCUUGUGGUCAUGUAAUUCAAUGUAAAGGUAAAGGAUAUAUGAGAAGAAUUCUAAGAGAACAAAGUCAAGAUUCCGAUGAAGAAGUUGACGAUUCAGCUGAUGUUGUGGACAUUGUGCAGUUAGCUAUCGUAAGGAACGAGGAGGCUGUCGUUGCUGCAAGGGAAUAUUGUACGGAUGAUGAUAUCAUAAAAAGAGCAAUUAAAUCAUUGGUACGGAAGGACAUACACAAAAAGUUUUCAGCAGUUGAACUCGUGAAAACCGCGCAAGAAAUUAAAGAAAGCAAUUUAAAGAUAAAUCAAACCGAACAACUUCACGGCGAUGAAGAACAAGACGGUACUAAAACAGAUGAAGAUUCUUCAGAAUCAGAAGAGGAUAUUGAAGAAACUAACAGAAAGUUGAAAGAUCCAGUAACUUGCAAGCUAAAAUGGGAAAAAUGCUUCUUGUAUACACGACUGGGAUUUCCGUUGAUUUCACCAGUGCUAGAAAACUUCAUCAUAUGA